AUGACAAAAACCAACUUUAAGGACCAACCCGAUUACUCGGCCUGGAGUAACUCCAGCCUGAUCGCGCGCAUCACAGAGUUAGAGCGCCAGCUUCACUCUCAGAAUACGGGGUUCACGGCGUCGACGAUCGAGCCGUCGCAGACACCCUGCCCUGCUUCUGCGCCCAUCUCUGCCGACAUCCAGGAACCUGCGAUCCCUCUCACGGAGCCAGUCAAUAAUCCUAAGAAGCGACCACACUCUCCUCCAGAUAGCGACACUACCCCGGCGGUUGCGCCGACGCGCUUUGUCAAAGUACAGAAACCUCCCAAACCCGAACGCACUUUUGACCCCUCUAAAUACACAACGCGGUUCAUUGCGCUCAAGUUCGCAUAUCUCGGCCAGGAAUACAAUGGACUUGAACAUACAAACGGAAAUACCACGCCUCUACCUACCGUUGAAGAGAUUCUGUGGAAGGCACUGAAGCGUACACGGCUCAUCUCCCCCGAGACCACCUCUAAUCUUGAGCCGACCGAGCGAGGGCAGCGCAUCCCCAUGCACCCUUACCACCUUUAUUGGGAUGGAUGCGAUUACUCUAAAGCAGGUCGUACGGAUAAGGGUGUGAGCGCUUUUGGGCAGGUCAUUGGACUGCGGGUCCGCAGUCAACGACCCAUGCCCAAGACCCCCGAGGGCGAGGAUGCGAUGAACAUUGACUCGGGAUCUGCUGAAAAGGAGUGGGAUGAUGUCGCCGAUGAGAUGAACUAUAUCAAUAUUCUAAACAGAGUGCUUCCAGAAGACAUCCGGGUUCUGGCGUGGUGUCCUAACCCGCCGCCUGGUUUCGAUGCCCGCUUCUCAUGCCGUGAACGUCGGUACAAGUACUUCUUCACCAACCCCGCGUUCCCUCCGACCCCUGGCUCCAUUGGGUUCCAGAACCGCGCACAGAACGGCAAGGGACCGCGUGCUGAAUUCCGCGAGGGGUGGCUCGAUAUUGAGGCCAUGCGCGAGGCGGCUAAGCAUUUCGAGGGUCUGCAUGAUUUCCGGAAUUUCUGCAAGUUGGACACCAACAAGCAGAUUGAUAACUUCGAACGCAUUAUCCAUCACUCUAGUAUUGAAGCCGUCAAUCCCAAGGUCAAUCCCGUGGGCUAUAUUGGCCAACCUGGAUUCCAGGCCAAAGAGGGCUGUGUGCCCGAACCGGAUUUGUUGACGCCCGACACAGUUUCUCAAACUAUCCCUCAGGUCUACUCGUUCAAUCUCCAUGGUUCUGCCUUCUUGUGGCACCAGGUGCGACACAUGGUUGCAAUUCUGUUCCUAGUUGGACAGGGACUCGAGUCCCCAUCUAUCGUCCCUGAACUGCUGGACAUUGCCAAGAAUCCGCGAAAGCCGACCUAUACAAUGGCUGACGAUGCUCCCCUGGUCCUUUGGGACUGCAUUUUCCCCGACAUAAAAUCUGGUAGCCGCGUGGAUUCCUUGAACUGGGUCUAUGCUGGUGACAACACUGCAAACGGCAAGGGAAGUGCCAAAGGUGACAGCAAAUUUGGGAUGCGUGGCACAGUUGAACGAAUGUGGGCUGUCUGGAGAAAGCGCAAGAUAGAUGAGAUUCUAGCGGGUGCUCUCCUAGACUUGACUGCCAGUCAGGGUAACCAGAGCGUGGAAGACCUCGACGAGCAAUGGCUAAAUGCAGGAUAUUCCAAGAGAUCAAACAGAGGCGCCAAGAUUUGGUAUGGUGGAAACGAUACUUCUGUUGGUGGGAAAUAUACCCCUGUCGACCAGAAGUCCAAGAUGCAGACGGUGGAAGAUCAAAAUGCCAAAGGGCUUGUCAUAAAGCAGCGAAGACUUGCCAAGGGCGAGGCCGCAAGGGCGGCACUGGAAUGA